AAAGACACGUUCUAAAGAAUAAGAUCGCCGGUUUAAAACAAUUACCUGGUCAUCAUUUUGGAUUAAACUCAUUAGGCAUUCAUUAUAUAAUUGCACCAAACAAGAAGGGGAUCAAGAAAAUCACGAAUCACCGGAGCAAAAAAAUGGCGGGAGGAGGAACGACCUUAGAGUACACACCAACUUGGGUGGUUGCUCUCGUCUGCUCCGUCAUUGUCUCUAUCUCUUUUGCCGUCGAGCGUCUCAUUCACCGUGCCGGAAAGCACUUUAAGAACAACGAUCAGAAGCAGCUUUUUGGGGCAUUACAAAAGAUCAAAGAAGAACUCAUGCUAGUAGGGUUCAUAUCGUUGCUAUUAUCGGUCGGCCAGUCUAAAAUCGCAAAGAUUUGCAUAUCAAAGGAGUUAAGUGAAAAGUUUCUCCCUUGUACGAAACCUGCAGGGGCUGAGAAGUCCCUUAAAGACUCCUCCCAUUUCCAGUUCAGCUUCACCGGCCGUCAUCUCCUCGCCGGAGAUGCCCCCGCCGGUGACUACUGCUCCCUAAAGGGAAAAGUACCAAUAAUGUCAUUAUCAGCUCUGCACGAGCUUCAUAUAUUCAUCUUCGUAUUAGCUGUUGCCCACAUUAUUUUCUGCCUCUUAACCAUUGUUUUUGGUACCAUGAAGAUAAAGCAAUGGAAAAAAUGGGAGGAUAAGGUUUUAGAGAAGGACUUCGACACAGACCAAAUGAUCCAGAAGAAAUUCACACACGUUCAAGAACACGAAUUCAUCAGGUCACGAUUUCUUGGGGUUGGAAAAGCUGAUGCUUCCUUGGGAUGGGUGCAAUCGUUUAUGAAACAGUUUCUUGCGUCAGUCAAUGAAUCAGAUUACAUCACAAUGAGGCUAGGCUUUGUCACGACUCAUUGCAAGACCAACCCAAAAUUCAAUUUCCAUAAGUAUUUAAUGCGUGCCCUUAAUUCUGAUUUCAAGAAAGUCGUCGGUAUCAGUUGGUACCUUUGGGUAUUUGUGGUUCUCUUCUUGCUUCUAAACAUUGUUGCAUGGCAUGUUUACUUCUGGCUAGCUUUUAUUCCUUUGAUCCUUUUACUUGCCGUGGGGACGAAGUUAGAGCAUAUCAUCACAGAUUUGGCUCAUGAAGUUGCAGAGAAACACAUUGCUGUGGAAGGAGAUUUGGUUGUCCGACCAUCAGAUGAUUUGUUCUGGUUUCAAAGUCCCCGGCUAGUUCUCUUCUUGAUCCAUUUCAUUCUUUUCCAAAACUCCUUCGAAAUCGCCUACUUCUUCUUUAUCCUUUUUCAAUUUGGUUGGGAUUCAUGCAUCAUGGAUCAUGUCAAGUUCGUAAUUCCAAGACUCGUCAUCGGGGUAAUAAUUCAGCUUCUCUGCAGUUACAGUACCUUACCGCUCUAUGCACUCGUAACUCAGAUGGGAAGUUCAUUCAAAGGUGCAAUAUUCAACGAGCAGACACAGGAACAUCUUGUUGGAUGGGCAAAAAUGGCUAAAAGGGGAGUGAAGAAAGGCGCAACACAAGUAGGUACCAGUCAUGAUGCUACUAGUCCAAGACCGUCUAUUCAGUUGAACUCCUUGCUAGGAAAAGGCUCCUCUCAACAAAAUCAGAACCCCAAGGAAAAAUCAGAGAUUGCUCACCAUGAUUAACAAACAAAAACUUGUUCUGACAUUUUUUUUGUUGUUGUGAUUUUUGAUUUUUUGAACUUGUUCGACUUUGUUUGGUAUAUAUAACUGAUUGAAAGGCGUUGUAACAAAUAAACACAGCAAAGAUGCUGAAUC